AUGUCGCAACACUCUCCAUCCUCCUACAACGUGGGCUACCCACCGCCGCCUCAACAGACCGCCGGACGCAAGCGAAGCCACCAGGACGACUUGGAGCACGACCUCCCUCCGAGUUUAGAGCAGCAACUCAACCCGUACGUACAAGCAACGGGAAGUGUCUCACUACAGCACGCUUCCCAGGGUUACUCCCUUCAACAGUAUCCGCCGCCGCCAGCCCCGCAGUCUACUUUACCCCCCACCCAUCACCACCAUCUACCCAGCACGCAUCGCAAUAAGAGGCAUCACGCAAUGGAGGGCGCGUCUCCCUCUCUCGCACAGCAUCAUGGCCCACCGAGCGUGGUGGGUCAAGAGGGAAUGCCCCCACCCGCGCAGCGACCCCGCGGUCCCAAGCUCAAGUUCACCCCCGAAGACGACCAGCUACUAGUCGACCUCAAGGAAAAGAAGAACCUCACCUGGAAACAAAUUGCAGAUUUCUUCCCGGGCCGCAGCUCUGGCACAUUGCAAGUACGAUACUGCACCAAACUCAAAGCAAAGACGACAGUUUGGACAGACGAGAUGGUAGUGAAGCUUCGCAACGCUAUGCAGGAGUACGAGAACGACCGUUGGCGCAUCAUUUCCUCAAAGGUGGGCAGUGGCUUUUCGCCUACUGCAUGCAGAGACAAGGCCGAGCAACUCGAGGCCGUGGAGCUGGCGGAGCACGAGGACGACGACGACGAGCAGCAUUCACAACAACAGCAACAUCAACAGCACCAGAGCGCCUACUCCUCGUCGCAAAUGACAGCCGGGCCGAACGACCCUGGCCAAAGCUACCAGUGA